GCGAUGGUCUGGGUGGUCGCAUCCCGGAAGGCCGUCUCCACGAAGUUCGAGGCCGAGGCGUCGCUGCAGGUGAACUCUGUGACGGAGAGUCCGCUCUGCGGUGUGUUUGGCGUUGGCAUGGAGCAGAGCAGCAACGGCGAGGAGAUGCUGCGCCGAGUGAAGCGGGCCGUCCUCAACUUUGCUACGAUGAGGCGGUAGGUUCGAGUGGCCGGACGGUUGGAGCUUCGAAGGCAAGUACGAAGGAGGUCGGAGACACGGCCCAGGUGUACUCCGUUCGCCGGACGGGUUUGCCGCAGUGGGCACCUGGGUCACAGGGGAGAUCCAUGGCCUCGGGUCCCUCUUGGGCGCGGGCGGGGAGGUGCGCCGGGGCAGGUGGGAGCGCGGCGCCUGGGUGGAGUGGCUGGAGUGAGCCGAGGCCUGCAGCAGGCGCCGCUGGCGCGGACGGCCGCGUCGGCGGUGUGCACGCCUGCCAGGGCGCCGUCUCGACGAAGGUGCAGCAGGUGCAGAGAAGGUGA